CCCCCCGCCCCCUCCGCCGCGUGACGUCAGCCUCGCGUCACAUCCGGCGCGGCGUGGCGCGAUAGGAAGCGGUAGCAGCGGCGGCAGGGGCAGCAGAGUCUGCGGAGUGUGGAAGUGGUGGCAGCAGGCCUUCCGUGAGCGGUGGUGACGGCGGCUCAAGAUGUCGAUCGAAAUCGAGUCCUCCGACGUGAUCCGGCUGAUCAUGCAGUACCUGAAGGAGAACAGCCUCCACCGGGCCCUCGCCACCCUGCAGGAGGAAACCACCGUGUCCCUCAACACCGUGGACAGUAUCGAGAGCUUUGUGGCUGACAUCAACAGCGGGCACUGGGACACAGUGCUGCAAGCCAUACAGUCGCUGAAGCUGCCCGACAAGACCCUCAUUGAUCUCUAUGAGCAGGUUGUGUUGGAGUUGAUUGAGCUCCGGGAACUAGGGGCUGCCAGGUCUCUCCUGAGACAAACAGAUCCCAUGAUCAUGCUGAAACAAACUCAGCCAGAGCGGUACAUCCACCUCGAAAACCUUCUGGCCAGGUCUUACUUUGAUCCGCGUGAGGCGUACCCAGAUGGAAGUAGCAAAGAGAAGCGGAGAGCUGCUAUUGCUCAAGCUUUAGCUGGAGAAGUCAGCGUGGUACCUCCAUCUCGUCUUAUGGCCUUGUUGGGGCAGGCACUGAAAUGGCAGCAGCAUCAGGGUCUGCUUCCUCCUGGCAUGACAAUCGACUUGUUCAGAGGAAAAGCAGCUGUGAAAGAUGUAGAAGAAGAAAAGUUCCCCACACAGCUGAGCAGGCAUAUUAAGUUUGGGCAGAAGUCGCAUGUGGAAUGUGCUCGGUUUUCGCCUGAUGGACAGUAUCUGGUUACUGGCUCUGUUGAUGGUUUCAUUGAAGUGUGGAACUUCACUACUGGAAAGAUCAGAAAAGAUCUGAAGUACCAGGCACAAGAUAAUUUUAUGAUGAUGGAUGAUGCAGUGCUGUGUAUGUGCUUUAGCAGAGAUACAGAAAUGCUGGCAACCGGAGCACAAGAUGGAAAGAUCAAGGUGUGGAAAAUCCAGAGCGGGCAGUGUCUGAGAAGAUUUGAACGAGCACACAGUAAAGGUGUUACAUGCCUCAGUUUCUCUAAAGACAGCAGCCAAAUUCUUAGUGCUUCUUUUGAUCAGACAAUCAGGAUUCAUGGUUUAAAAUCUGGAAAAACUUUAAAGGAAUUCCGUGGUCAUUCUUCCUUCGUCAAUGAAGCUACUUUUACCCAGGACGGCCACUACAUUAUCAGUGCAUCCUCUGAUGGCACAGUGAAGGUUUGGAACGUAAAGACGACAGAGUGCUCAAACACCUUCAAAUCUCUUGGCAGCACUGCUGGGACUGACAUUACUGUGAACAGUGUCAUUCUGCUGCCUAAAAACCCAGAACACUUUGUUGUUUGCAACAGAUCAAAUACGGUCGUCAUCAUGAAUAUGCAAGGACAAAUUGUAAGAAGUUUCAGCUCUGGUAAGAGAGAAGGUGGUGACUUUGUCUGCUGUGCGCUUUCACCACGUGGUGAAUGGAUCUACUGUGUUGGUGAAGAUUUUGUGCUCUAUUGCUUUAGCACAGUGACCGGCAAGCUGGAGCGAACUCUGACUGUUCAUGAAAAAGAUGUCAUUGGCAUUGCUCACCACCCCCACCAGAACCUGAUUGCCACUUACAGUGAGGAUGGCCUGCUCAAGCUCUGGAAGCCAUAGCUUGAUUUUACAACGAACUAUGAAGUGUACCUGUUAGUUGCAGGUUAUUGAUGUUUGUGCUCUAACAAGGUCUAAAUGCACAGAGUGUGAUAUUUGCUUGAUUUUCAGUUCAGGUUUCCAGAGAAUGACAUUUUUACUCCUUGGUCUAAAGUUAGGUAGAUUGAUGCCUAAAUACAGCAUCAGAUAAUUUCAAAUACUUUUAUUUUUAUCAGAGUAGCUGAAGCAACUUCAGUGAGAGGUUUUUUUUCUUCCUCCUGAAGUCUGUACUCUUCCUACAGUGCUUGUAAAAGUUGAACAAGCUAGGAACUAUACAUAUUUACAAGUGGUUGCUAACUUCCUAGAAUACAGUAAAAUGUAUUUUUGAGUGAAUUAUGUGACAUGGGAAAACUGUCACUUCUCCCCUUCUGAAACAAAAGCACAGUUUUCCUUGAAUUCAGAUGAAGCUACUCUAUCCUCAGCUUGACAGCAGAGGCUUUUCUAGUCCUGUGAGUUUUGCUGUGUUAAAUUUUCGCUAUGAUUUUUCCAGUUAUACCUAGUAAGUAGUUUCAUGCAGCUUUGUCAGAAUGAAACUAUUCUUCCCCAUCUCCCAGCACUUCCUGCUAUAAAUCUGCCUACUGUAGCAGUGAGAUAAACUAAAACAAAACAAAAAAGGCCAAACAAAAAGCCCGAAAUUGGCUUAUUUCCAGGCUAAAAGGAAUUACUACCUGGGCCCUCUUUCUGUAAGUGCAUAGUGUCUUCAGCAAAAGCUGGUUUACAUAAGCCAAGUUCCUAGUGCUGCAAUGCUGCACAUGCUGGAGUUGUUUUUUGUUUUGUUUUGUUUUGUUUUUUUUCCAGUUUACUCAGUUUAGCUUCUUACUUUCUGAUUGGGGAUAGCAUACUUAAGCUUUAAAUAAUUAUUUGUAAAUUUUUUUUUAAGUUUUUUUUAAGUUUCUUAUACCUGUGGACCUAGCUAAGUUUAUACUUAGGUCCCACUCCAUGAUAAAAAGGUUUCAGGCUCUUCAGUUUGGAGCAGAUGAUUAACGUGUUUGAGAUCCUGACUAAUGUACACUAUUGUGAAUGUACACCAGAAUCUCCUAAAGUCUGACCAUAAUUUUUCUAGGAUGCAGCAGAAAAAGAGGUUUUGUCUGUAAUGUUGGGACAAACGUGUCUAGAUUUGGAUCUGCUGCACUGUGUCCUGCAUUCAUCUCUUGUAGAAUGCUUUUCCGCCACACCAGUCUUUUAAACAGUAAUAACUUCUCUUUGGCUUACUAGUUAUUAGUUCUAAUUUAAAUAGCCUUAGAGUUUUUCUCAGCUGAAGGGCUUCAUCCUAGCGCAAGGGUUGGUUCCCAGCUGGUGACUGACCUCCUUCAGCACUGACCGGCGCACUUGCUUGGUCUGUGUUCAUGUUGGUCUAAGGAAAUGCAGAAAAAAUUCAGCAUAACUUUUCACAUAGCAUUGCUUGUUCACUACAAUUGUAGUGUUUAGUUUUAUGUUUAGCUGUAAUGUUUUAAUUCCUAAAUUUUUUACUUCCAUAGGUAUGGAAAUAAAGUUUUUUUUUUUAGAUAGCAAAAAGUGAUUAUUUUUCCUGUCCAGAAAGACACCGGUGUGUCAGAAGCAUCUGACAAUGAUAUAUCUGACAGGCUCCGUUGGCAGUUACUACUUCUGAUACAGUAGAACAUCUUGACAAAAUAUUUUCAGUAUGAUCUAACUUGUGGUUCAUUUUGCCUUCAUAUUACAAAGAACUGCUAAUCCUCAAUGUAAACUAUAUUUUACAUUGUUUGUUAAAAGUAGUUGUAGCAAAUAAAACUGUCAGAAUCCUCAAUGUUUGAAGAUUGAAAUAAAUUCUUAAGCUUAAAUGUGAGAAAA